CCGCGAACACGGGUAGCGACAAGGACCAAAAUUCCGUCCGGUAGCAGUUGUUAUCCCUGGAAAGGCUGAUAUCUGUUUACCCCCCCGCCCCCCCUUUCAGUAGAGACACCUCGCUUCUCUAAAGUGCGUCUGCUCUUCAAGGAGAAUAUCUGUGACACAUUACAAUGCUUCAAAUAAGGGACCUCAUCUGGGGAUUGCUAUUCAUUGGCUGUGCAGCUGCCCUCCAGGUGCAAAUCACGCCAACACAAGGAGAGAUCAGCGUAGGAGACUCCAAAUUUUUCCUCUGCGAAGUGGUGGGAGAUGCUAGAGACAUAGACUGGUACGCCCCCAGCGGGGAGAAGAUCCUCCCCAACAGGCAAGACAUUUUUGUGAGCCGCAGUGAUGAAACCACGUCUACCCUCACCAUAUACCACGCCAACGUGGAUAGUGCCGGUAUCUACAAGUGUGUGGCAAAGUAUGGGGACAAGGAGGCCCAGGCCACGGUCCAAGUGAAGAUCUUCCAAAAGAUCACCUUCCAGAGUGCUCCCAGCCCACAGGAGUUCAAUGAAGGCGAUGAUGCUGACAUAGUCUGUGAUGUGGUCAGUUCACCACCACCCACCAUCAUUUGGAAGCAUAAGGGCUCCAAGAUCCAGGUUGCCAAAGACGUGCGAUUCAAGAUCAUGGAUAAUGGCCACCUGCAGAUCCGCGGCAUCAAGAAAACAGAUGAGGGCAUGUACAACUGUGAGGCUCGCGUCAUGCCCAGGGGAGAAAUUGACUUCAAGAUGAUCAAGGUCGUCAUUAAUGUGCUCCCCACCAUCCGUGCCAGGCAGUCAGACGUCAACGCCACAGCAGACAUCGGUAGCUCCGCUUUGUUGGCCUGUGACGCAGAUGGCUUCCCUGAACCCACCGUCACAUGGGCACAUAACAACAUUGUCCUUGAAACGGGUGAUAAGUACAGCCUGAACGAGGAUGGUUCAGAAUUGGUAAUAAAAGAUGUCAAGAAAGUGGAUGAAGGAGAUUACACUUGCAUCGCCAAGAACAAGGCAGGAGAGAAAGCCGAGGAAGUCAGCCUGAACGUGUUUGUGCAACCCAAGAUAACCUACCUGAAUAACCAGACUGCCUCCGAGUUUGACGAACAAGUCACCCUGACCUGUGAGGCCUCAGGCGACCCCACACCCACCAUCUCCUGGAGUUUUGAGAACAGGGUAUUCACUGAAGGAGAGCAGGCUUCUUGGACGCGACCAGACAAAUAUGAGAGCCUUGAUAGAAAUAUUGUGGUACGCAGCCACGCACGGGUGUCCUCUCUCACCUUGAAAAACAUCCAGUUCACGUACGCCGGCCAGUACCUCUGCACCGCCAGCAACUCCAUCGGCGAGGACAACCAGUACAUGUACCUGGAGGUCCGCUAUGCGCCAAAGAUCCUGGGUCCAGUGACGGUGUACACGUGGGAGGGAAACCCAGCCAACAUCAGCUGUGAGGUGGAGGCUCACCCUGGAGCCUCAGUGGUUUGGUUCAGAGACGGCCUCCAGCUGCCCUCUGCCAACACCACCAACAUGAAGAUGUACAACACACCAACCAUCAGCUACCUGGAGAUUACCCCUGAUUCACAGAAUGACUUUGGGAGCUACAACUGCACAGCAACCAAUGUGAUGGGAACUGAGUCCAAGGAGUUCCUUCUUAUCCAAGCAGAGGUGCCCUCAUCGCCAGAAAUCGAACAAGUGGAACCUUUCUCCAGCACAGCAGUGGUAGAGUUUGACGAGCCCGACUCCGUAGGUGGAGUGCCCAUUAUCAAGUACAGAGUGCAAUGGCGUUUGCUUGGCCAGGAAUGGACUGGCAAGGAGUACAAUGCUGAGGACGACUUGACCAAGAUCAUCAUCACUGGCCUGAAGCCAGAGACCACCUACGAGGUCAAGAUGUCCGCAAUCAACGGCAAAGGUGAAGGCGAGAGCAGCCCGGCCAACACUUUCAAGACCGAGCCAGUCCGGUAUUCUUUCACAAUUUCAUCAGAGACACCACCCCCUAUCGCUGCCACCACUAUGGCCCUUAAAGGGGAACCCAGUGCCCCCAAACUAGAAGUCAAGUUCCAAAACAAGGGCAGUAGUCUUAAGGUCAACUGGAUCGAGCAGGACGAUGGCGGUUCCCCCAUUAAACAUUACCUGGUCAGAUACAAGGCUAAGCAUGUAUCUGACUGGAAACCAGAGAUCCGCCUCCCCCAUGGCAGUGAGUAUGUGGUGCUGAGCGGCCUGGAGUGGAAUACAGAGUAUGAGGUUCACGUGGUGGCGGAGAAUCAGCAGGGCAAGUCAGAGCCUGGCAUCCUCUCCUUCAGAACAGCUAUAGAGCCCACUACCAUCCCAGAUGCCAUGGGCGGUGGUUCAGGUCUGGGCACCGGAGCCAUCGUAGGCAUCCUCAUUGUUGUCUUUUUCCUGCUGUUGGUGGGAGUGGACGUCACCUGCUACUUCCUCAACAAAUGUGGACUCCUCAUGUGCAUUGCUGUAAACUUCUGUGGGAAGGCCGGGCCGGGUGCUAAGAGCAAGGACAUUGAGGAGGGCAAGGCAGCAUUCACGAAAGAUGAGUCUAAGGAGCCCAUUGUUGAGGUGAGAACAGAGGAAGAAAACGUCCCAAACCAAGAAGGAGGCGGUCACACCGAGCCUAAUGAGACCACACCUUUGACAGAACCUGAGCCUGCUGCUGCAGACACCACCUCCACGGUGGUAAACUUGCUCCCCUCCACUGCCACUAACUCAGUUGCUGAGAGCUUUAGCACGGCACAGAGCAGUCCUGCUAGUGAGAGCACCAACCUUACCGCCAGCGCCUCCAGCCCAACCAAAGCCGCCCCUGCCAAGUCCUCCCCCAAAAACAGUCCUGCUGCCCAGUCUAGUUUGCCUAAAGCUAACACCCAACCUGAUGUUGGGCCCCUGGUUGACCUGAGCGACACCCCUAAAGUUACCCCCUCGUCCAACCCAACACCCCUUGUCUCAGAGCCAGUCAGCCCGCCCUCUGCUAAUGCCGACGGGCCACAGAGCCAGAGUGACCCAGUCAAAGCCCCUGACAGCACCCAGAAUAAGGACUUACAAGUAGACGGCCCGACCAAGGAUGCACCCAAUACCCUGUGCACAGACUCGACCACACCAGCCCAAAAUGACGGUAAGACUGUGAAGGAUGAAAUCACCAAAGGCGAGACGGAGGUGAAGAACGCCACGACCGAGGUGAAGACAGUUCCCAACGAGGCUCCCCAGACGAACGGCAACGAAAGUAAAGCGUAAUUCCCUCGACCCAAGAGCGACGGGAAGAAGAGGGUGGUUGGGUCAGGGAGGGUGGUUGGGUCAGGGAGGGUGGUUGGGUGUGGGUUUUUAAGGUUAAAAAUGGGAGGCGGGGGGUCACAGUCACUGAAACCUCAAAGCAAUGUCACACACCACCCCAUCGCAUCAGAAAAAAGCAACAGAAAAGCUAAAAAAAAAGGUUCAUGGGUCUCCUUCUACAGUGUCUUCUGACCAGGAAAAUGUAAAGACCUCAUGCACAUGCCUUAGUUCCUUUUACAUCAGUUUCUAUUUGUUUAUUUGUCACAGAAAAAAGCAAAAUUCACACUAGUUCACCCUCUCUCAUAUGUAAUAUUAAAUUGAUCAAUAUGGAACAGAAUCUAUACUAUUUUCUCUAGAUAACCAUGGUUGGACUGUAGCUUUACUUCACAGAUUACUGCCCUCUUCAUGUACACACAUAAGACUGGUACAUUACCGAUACUACUACUCUUAAUGCAGUAUGGUCAUCAUUGUGGUAAUGAAUUAUGGGUCUUAUUUCCUUUGUCAAUAUUUUGUUGUGUUUAAAUAAUGUGCAGACGUUACUGCCUAUUUAGCUUUUUUAAUGUGUUAUUUCCAGGGCUAGAGAUUAGAACAUUAGCAUGCCUGUUUUUGCAAAGUUACUGUAUUUCUGUACAUGUUGCUGUCAUUUGGUUCCUCUUUAGAUGUUUUUUUUUUUGGUUGUUUUUUCUUUUUUUCUUAAAAGUGGUCUCCAUAUGGUUCUGGUCCAGAAAUCGUUUAGCCUAAGCUAUGAGAAACGAAAGAAGACACCGGAGAAAGAUUUAUCAUGCUAUUAAAGUCUAGGUUCAGGGGUUUGAACCCUGUCUCCAUAAAAGUUCUGUUUAUGCAGUACAUGUAUAUUGGUAAAUGGGUUUGCCUAAUACACUAUGAAGGAAACGUACAGCAACAGCUGCAAAGAUGAUGUUCAGUAGCACAGCUUUUUUUCUUCUACCAUAUGGAUUUCAUAGAGAUAGGACCAGGAGGGCAUACAAAGUCCUGCCCCCUGUAGUUGGAUUAAUGCUACAAAAUUUUGUAAGGAAAGUUAAAAUGAACCAGAUCUUUCUCUAACCCUUAACCAAGAUCAAUGAGUUCAAACAUGGCCAUAAAAAUGUCAGUCAUGCUUUAACUGCCACAGAGGAUGCUAAUAUAGGAAAUCAAACGAAAGGUCAGUGAGUGUCUUGAGUUCACUAUGAACAUAUUGUUUCUUUGAAGAUAUGUUCAUUGAGAACUAACCUGGCUAACAUUAUGUUUCCUUCACAAUGUAUUGGGUGUGGCAGUUGAGCUGUGUACGAAUAUUAUUUUUAGGAGACAGG